AUGGCCGAUGGUGCAAAAAAAAACUCCCGGCAGAACAACUCCCGGCAGAACAACUUCCAUCAGAACAACUCCCGGCAGAACAACUUCCGGCAGAAAAACUCCCGGCAGAACAACUUCCGGCAGAACAACUCCCGGCAGAACAACUCCCGGCAGAACAACUCCCGGCAGAACAACUCCCGGCAGAACAACUCACGGCUGAACAACUCCCGGCCGAACAACUUCCGUCAGAACAACUUCCGGCAGAACAACUCCCGGCAGAACAACUCCCGUCAGAACAACUCCCGGCAGAACAACUCCCGGCUGAACAACUUCCGUCAGUACAACUCCCGGCAGAACAACUCCCGGCAGAACAACUUCCGGCAGAACAACUCCCGGCAGAACAACUCCCGGCAGAACAACUCCCGGCAGAACAACUCCCGGCAGAAGAAAUUCCGGCAGAACAACUCCCAGAACAACCACUACCAGAACCAGAAUGCAGUGUUGGGGACAAGCGCCAGGAAGGAUGUAAUACUUGCAAGUGCACAGCAAAGGGAAGUUGGACCUGCACUCGUAGGAGGAAAAAUUGCUGUAUAUACUCCAAAGGAACUGGAAAGACAACUUCUGUUCGCAUUGGACGAUCCUUCAGUGACGGAUGCAACAGAUGCCAAUGCACAAAAUCUGAAGAUAACUUAGGGCCCUGGCCAUGUACCCGUAUGAUGUGCUCAGGCUGUCUUUACAAGAACUGGGAUAAAGCAACAGGCUGGGCCAAGCCGAGGUCUGAAGUUCAGG